CGUGUUUCUGCUGUCUGCAGUCGUGCCUAUUCUCUUUUAGCUGCGUGCUUCCAAAACGCUGCAGCCUCAUUGCAGCAUCAGUUUAAUUUCAACAAUAUCUGCUCAAAAUGGCUCUUCAUGUCCCCAAAGCUCCGGGCUUUGCCCAGAUGUUAAAGGAUGGUGCGAAGCACUAUUCUGGUCUUGAGGAGGCAGUUUUCAGGAAUAUCCAGGCUUGCAAGGAAUUGGCACAUACCACAAGGACAGCAUAUGGACCCAAUGGCAUGAACAAAAUGGUCAUCAACCACUUGGAGAAACUCUUUGUCACAAAUGAUGCUGCCACCAUUCUCAGAGAGCUGGAGGUUCAGCACCCAGCAGCCAGAAUGAUUGUGAUGGCAUCCCAUAUGCAAGAGCAGGAAGUAGGUGAUGGCACAAACUUUGUGCUGGUGUUUGCUGGUGCUCUGCUGGAGCUAGCGGAGGAGUUGCUGAAGAUGGGCCUGUCUGUGUCAGAGGUGAUUGAGGGCUACGACAUGGCAUGUAAGAAAGCUCUGGAGAUUCUGCCUGAUUGCGUCUGCUCAUCCGUUAAGAACCUGCAUGAUCUAGAUGAGGCCACAGCCGUGAUCCGCACAGCUGUCAUGAGCAAACAGUACGGCAAUGAGGACUUCCUGGCCAACCUCAUUGCACAGGCCUGCGUCUCUGUCUUCCCUGAGUCUGGCAAUUUCAAUGUCGAUAAUGUCAGAGUGUGCAAGAUUUUGGGAUGUGGGCUGAACUCUUCUACAGUGCUUCACGGGAUGGUAUUUAAGAAAGAGACAGAAGGAGACAUCACAUCAGUCAAAGAGGCAAAGAUAGCGGUUUUCUCCUGUCCGUUUGACUGCAUGGUAACAGAAACCAAGGGCACAGUACUUAUAAAGAAUGCAGAGGAGCUGAUGAAUUUCAGUAAAGGCGAAGAGGACCUGAUGGAGGCCCAGGUAAAGAGCAUUGCUGAAACAGGGGCCAAUGUUGUCGUGACUGGGGGCAAAGUAGCUGACAUGGCUCUUCAUUAUGCCAAUAAGUACAAGCUCAUGGUGGUCAGGCUGAACUCGAAAUGGGACCUCAGAAGACUAUGCAAAACUGUCGGAGCCACAGCGUUGCCCAGGCUGACUCCCCCGACCCCAGAGGAAAUGGGACACUGUGACAGUGUUUACCUGUCAGAGGUUGGAGACACGCAGGUUGUGGUCUUUAAACAUGAUAAAGAGGAUGGCGCCAUUUCUACUUUGGUAAUUCGAGGGUCCACAGAUAAUCUGAUGGAUGAUAUUGAGCGUGCCAUUGAUGAUGGAGUUAACACCUUUAAAGUCCUUGUUAGGGACAAGCGUCUCUGUCCUGGUGCUGGUGCCACUGAAAUUGAGCUCGCCAAACACCUAACGUCCUAUGGAGAAUCUUGCCCAGGCCUGGAGCAGUACGCAAUCAAGAAGUACGCUGAGGCGUUUGAGGUAUUUCCUCGUGCUCUGGCAGAGAACUCUGGCGUGAAGGGCAAUGAGCUGAUCUCCAAACUGUAUGCUGCUCACCAUGAAGGCUGCAAGAACACAGGCUUUGACAUUGAGGGUGAGGGACCUGCUGUGAGAGACAUGAUGGAGGCCAGCAUCCUCGAUCCAUUCCUGGUCAAACAAUGGGGCAUUAAACUGGCCACAAACGCUGCCAUCACUGUUCUCCGUGUGGAUCAGAUCAUUAUGGCAAAGGCAGCAGGGGGACCUAAAGCCCCUAAACAGCAAGGACACUGGGACAAGGACGGUUGGGAAGAGGAGCCAGACAAAUUUGACACCCAUCAUUGAUAAGAAAUAUAAAAAAAAAAUAAUAGAUCAUCAUGGCCAAGCCAGCUGGCGGACCCAAAGCUCCACAAGGAAAGAAGGACUGGGAUGACGAUGAAUGAUGUCACUAGCCUGUGUGUUCCUCCAUGUUCCCCUCACUAUCUUAGCUUUGCAAGUGUUAUGUAUUUAAAAUCUAGCCUCAUUCUUUUGUAUUUUUGUUCAGAGAAGCAACUAACAAUAAGUGGCUUUGAUCUGUUUUUCUGGUCCAAAUAAAAGGCACUUGAGCUGUUAA